AUGUCUGAUCGAUCGACCAGCCCGCCUAUCCAGGCACCUCGCCGAAAGGCUUUCAUCUUGUGCUUUGAUGGCACAGGCAACAAAUUCAGUGGGACAGAGAGCGACAGCAAUAUCCUGAAAUUGUAUCGUAUGCUUGACCGGAGCAGCUCCGAUGUCUACACAUUCUACCAGCCGGGCAUCGGCACAUACAUCACGUCACAUUCCAUGCAAACUACAUCUUUGGUAGGAAGAGUGGGUUCCUGGUAUUCCAAAAUAAAAGAUUCAGCCGUCGGAUCCUCCUUCGCUGAGCAUGUCAUGGGUGGUUACAGGUUCUUGAUGCGAUAUUACUCCUGUGAAGACGACCUAUACUUCUUCGGCUUCAGUCGUGGCGCAUAUACUGCUCGAUUUUUAGCUGAGAUGCUAGACCAUAUUGGACUACUGAGUGCAGGAAAUGAAGAGCUUGUGCGAUUUGCAUGGAAGACAUACGCAAAAUGGGCUUCGCGUAGAGCGCAGGAAAAAGAGGAGGAAGCAAAGCUAUACGAAUUUGUUCGUGGUUUCAGAGAGACUUUCAGCAGACCGGUACGAAGAAUAAGGUUCCUGGGUCUUUUCGAUACUGUCAAUUCAGUGCCCAAAUUCGAGUCUGCUUGGAUGCAUAGGAGCAACUUUCCUUACACAGCUCGAUCUUCUGCCAAAGUCAUUCGACACGCCGUAUCCAUUGAUGAGAGAAGAGCAAAGUUUCGACAAGACUUGAUUAGUGGUGAUCAAGCUCAGCAUGAAGAUCGAAUACACCCGUCAAUGCAUCGCUACAACUCAGAUCUAGCAAAUAUGAACUUGGAUUACAACACGGCGGAAAUUCAUGGCAAUUGGAGAGAGAGACUGCCUUCACAUGUCGAAGUACCAGGAUACGACUACAAUAUGAAAGAUGAGACAGACAGACCAAUCGAUAUGGACGACAAGUCGAGCAUACACCUUUUACAUAUCCCUAGUGCAACGCAUCGGAAGUCAGAUAGUCUGGCAGCUCGCAUAGACCGAGAUAUGGCGCAGCAACAAGAGAAAAGCGAACCAAUCAAGCAGAUAAAAGCCAGACGACGCCAGUAUUCUGAUGAGACGCACCAGAGUCAGGAUAUUGAAGAAGUAUGGUUUCCAGGAGCUCACGCAGACAUUGGUGGUGGCUGGACAAGGAGUAACCAGGAGACAUGGAUGCUGAGUCAUGUACCACUUGUGUGGAUGGUGCAAGAGGCCGCAAAAGCAGGACUGGAGUUUGACCCUAUCAAGAUGGCUCGAGCCAAUUGUCAUCCAGAUGCAGUCGACGAGUAUGGGGAAAGAUCAGCAUGCAAGGAAACUGCGAAACGCUUCUACUCUGCACUUUCGGAAUCCUACACAGGAGGCCUUAUUCACGACAGUCUUACAGCAGGUCCAUGCAUUGCCAAGAGCACAGCCAUGUUCUGGACUAUUUUGGAGUACAUGCCUUUCCGAAGGAUGGAUCUGCAACCUGAUGGAAGCUGGAAGGCAAUCAGUUGGCCGUUGCCGAUGGGUGAAACGAGGGACAUCCCACCACAUGCUCAAAUACAUCAUUCAGCUAUCAAACGUAUGGAACGUAAUCCUGACUACAGACCUGGUAAUCUCAUUGUUGGUGGAGGAGGUCGAGGCGUGAGAAGAGCACCAGAGAAAUAUGGUAUGGGGGAGUGGAAGAGACACAAAAACCACGACGACCUUGUUCUCGAGACCUAUGUCCGAGCUGAUUCAUAG